AAUAAUUAAUUUGACCUUGUCCUUGUGUCAUCCCAUUGAUAAGUGACUUGCGGUUUAAGGUUUUUUCAUUUUACGCUGUUAACAGUAGUAAAUUAAUUCGUUUAUAUCGAAUUUAUUCCAUAUACUGAUCAGUCAGUUACCGUUUGUACGUAAAAUCAAUUUCCAUCAAAAUGCCUAGCAAAGCAGUGUGCGUGUUGAAGGGAGAAGUCAAUGGGACCGUGUUUUUCGAACAAAAUGACGCUAACAGCGCUGUAAAAGUAACUGGCGAAAUAACCGGCCUAAGUAAAGGCCUUCACGGUUUUCACGUACACGAAUUUGGAGACAACACGAACGGUUGCAUCUCCGCCGGGGCGCAUUUCAACCCCUUGGGCAAGGAGCACGGCGCCCCCACGGCCUCCGUUCGACACGUGGGUGACUUGGGUAACGUGGAAGCCGGCCAGGACGGAGUCGCCCGAGUGAACAUUCAAGAUUCGCAGAUAUCCCUGGAGGGGCCCAACAGCAUCGUCGGGCGUACGGUGGUCGUUCACGCGGACCCCGACGACCUGGGGCUCGGCGGACACGAGCUGAGCAAAACGACAGGAAACGCCGGGGGCAGAUUGGCCUGCGGGGUUAUUGGAUUGGCCAAAAUGUGAAUUGUUUAAUUUGUAUGCGUGUAAUAUUGUUAAUAAAGGUGAUUUCAUUGUAAUUUCGUUGGAUUAAAGUUUUGUUGGUGUAUAA